AUGCCUGAUUUCUCAAAUUUGCCUAUCUCAACACCUAUCCAAUUUCGAAAUUUCUCUACUACUAGUGGAACGGCUGGAAAUACAAAUGGAAUCGGCAAUGGCAAUUGGAAUGGGAAUGGAUGGGGAAGAGAAAAAGGGAAAUCCGUAGAAAAUGGUGAGAAGGAAGCAGUAGGGAAGAAAGCAGCCAAAUCAGAAGGAAAUGAUUUAGAAGAAGAACAAGUGGAAGGGGAAGCAGAAGAAUUACCUUCGAAGAUUGUAUUUGGAGCUGUAGAAGUGACUACAAGUACAGAUUCAUCAAAUCUUAAUAUGACUAAUGGGAAUCAUUCAAAUGAUUCAAAUCAUCACAAUCAUCAUAACAAUAACAACCAUAAUCAGAAUCAUAAUCAUCAUAAAAGGAAAGAAAGAGUCAAAGCUUUAGCUACUGUUUUAAGGAGUAAAAGAGUGACUGGUGCUGAAGGAAUGUAG